AUGGGUGUUACCAAGACCAUCAUCAAGGAGGGUUCCGGCCCCGUCGCUCAGGUUGGCCAGCGCGUCACCAUUGAGUACACUGGCUGGCUCAAGGACACCUCCAAGCCCGACAACAAGGGCAACAAGUUCGACUCUUCCGUCGGCCGUGGUGACUUCACCGUCCAGAUUGGUGUUGGCCAGGUUAUCAAGGGUUGGGAAGAGGGUGUUACCCAGAUGAAGGUUGGCGAGAAGGCCACUCUUGACAUCUCCAGCGACUUCGGCUACGGUGCUCGCGGCUUCACCGGCCACAUUCCCCCCAACGCUGACCUCAUCUUCGAUGUUGAGCUUAAGAGUGCCCAGUAA